GAAAUAUUUGGACUUUUCGACUUUGAAUUAACCUUUUUAGAGCCGCGAAAUUUUAAAAUUGGCAUUGUUUUGGACUAUUAAUAAUCAGGUAUUUCACGAAUUACAUAUAGUCGAACUUUCCAACUUUCUUAUCGUUAGAGAACUUUGAACUAUGUAAAAUAUCAGAAUUAUUAGCGACUUUGCACGAAUAUUGUUAGAACUGCAACGGUAAUGAAAUUUCAAAAAUUUCACAUAAUACACAUAACACGUUCGUCAAAGUUUUGUACGAUAAGAAUCCAAACAUCUUCGCGAGCCACUGUAUUUUGCAACGUCCUAUACAACGUGCGAUGUAUAGAUGGAAGGGAAUGGACUAGUAGUGGAGUCUGGUGGGAAACGUAAAACUCGGAGUGGGGAUAAGCAGACGGAGGAGUGAGGAGCGGUUAAAGGUUCGGCUUCGGAAAUGGCCGCGGGAAAGUAGAGAGCGUUACGUCGUCUGGCAGGCGAGCCGAAGUUUUUCGUGUAGAGCGCUCGUUAACCCGGCGCUUCGAGCGUUAGUUCAGCAGCUCACUCUUCAACAGACAACCAUGUUUUAAAAACCCGAGAAAGGAGGUUCGAUUUUUAAGAAUCGCGAUUAGUGCCUACGACUAAUCUGGUCCCUCUCUGUGGUGAGAGUGGUUCCAACUUCUGACACACACACCGGUGUCUCAAAGAGAUCAGAGAGUGCGUGCACGAGGAUGGCCGGCGACGACGGUGCACCACCGGACAAUGAGAUCCUCACGGAUGGAGAGGGGCAGGGUGCGUCAGUGCGGGGGGAACCGCAUUCCAGAGUGGGCGGCAUCCUGGAAUGCGAUCCCCCCGGUAACAAGAAUUCGUCGAGCCAGCGAGUCUCUAACGACAACGACUACGCCGGCGGAAGCGCUGAUACUGUGAUUCCACAGGAUCGUAACGGAGGCGGUGGAACACCGAUUGCCGGUGAUAACGGCGCUCUGUGCCGAUAUGCUAUCGGCACUGCACAUACCGCUAUGUCUUUUAUCGAAGUUUGUCAGAUCCGAUUGCAGAACUUUUUUCCGCAGCUGAUUUCGUCUUCGCGGUAUACUCUCUGCGAAGAUUCCAUAGAACGAACAGCAGAGUGUUUAGCCAACGAUGUGAUACGGUAUCUACUGAAGGAAGAUAUAUAUCUGAUAUCUCAAGACCCAGUUUCCCGUAGUAUGAGACACAACGUGUAUCAAAUGUUGAAUAAACAUAGUAUUCUCUUCGCAAGUAUGGUAAAUCGUCUAAACGUUGUGCCAGAUACGGCAUACGAAGCGUUCAUGGGAGUUGCGGACGAAUUGUUCUUACACGGUGGAGUUACAUGGGCGAGAAUCGUUUGUCUAUAUGCAUUCAUGGGCAGACUCGCUCUGUGGGCACGGGAUAGACGAAUGCACACUCUAAAGAAAAAAUUACCUCUUUACGUCUCCAGAUUUAUUGGUGAGAAAGUUGCACAUUUCAUCAAAGGAUACGGUGGAUGGGAGCAACUGUGUAUAGAAUACCCUGUGGCAGAAGAAAUAAGUGGAGCAAUUUGGAGAAGUCUUAUAAUGACAGGUGCUACACUUGGUUUGGUUGCAACGAUCUUAACAGUGACCUCCUGAUAUACUCUUAGAAAUUAAUGUAUACAGGGUAUGUUUCGUGUGAGAUCUUCCAGUGUACUUAUUUUUUACCAAAAUAUGUCGAGAAAUGAUUUCUGGAAGCUUACAUAAGUUUCUAUAUUGGCACAGAAAGUGAAAUUGUGUGAUCCAAAAGGUAUCUUAAAGAAUAAGUACAGGAUAUAAAUUAAGUUUCAACCUUGCAGCCUGCACAAUUAUCGUAUCAAUGUCACUCAACUUAGAAUCAUCCUACAUUUUAUAUAACUCCAACAAAUAUGUAACAUAAGUGAACGAUAACGAUACAAGUUUCCUAUUAUAUUCAUAUUUUAUAACAACUGCAGCUCGAUGGACUAGUUAAAUUAGCGAGAAAACAAAUUUUAUUUAAUAUUAAUCUAGAUAUUUUAUCAAAGUAAUUUCAUAUAAUACUCAAAAUUGACGUUUUAGGUAUUUAUACCAAACAGGAAUCUCAAAAUUCUGUCGAAUUUAGGUAGAAUCAAUCUAAAUGUAUUUAUUUAUAAUUUAUUCUAGGUAGAAAAUAUAUUAAUAAAUUUCCUUGUCAAUCAAAGACCAUCAUAAUAAAUGCUUGGAACUUAUAAAAAAAGCAGUUAAAAUAACAAUGCUCACUGAAUAUACAGCAACAUUCUCUUAAACAGCAAUGAAUAUUAUACGUGAUAGUUUCUAAUGAUAUUGCAAAAAUUUUUAUACGAGUAUUCGGAAUAAAUAUUUCCACAAAACCUCA